CACACGCGCACACAGCUCCCGGGCUGCGGGGACGGAGACUCCAGCCGCCUCGCCCACGCAGCCGGCGCCGGGGGAAGGGCGCGGGCCGCGGGGCCUGGGCGCGGAAGGCACGCAGAGGCGGGCGCUGCCCAAUGCGGGGCCCCCGCCCCCCAGACCCGCGCCGCGCGGCCCGCACCCCGGCCUGCAGGCGGCGGGCGGCCCGGUGCGCAGGCGCCAGCCGGCGGGGCUCCGGCCGGGGUGCGGCGCGGGGGCGCUGCGGGCCUCGCAGGCCCGCCAGGAUGAAGGGGCGUGCUGAAGUGGAGAUGCUGAGAACCCUGAAGGGGCCCUCCACAGGGGAGGUCAGCGUGCACCUGGUGCCCAGGGGCAGCCCGGGGCCUGGCCCUCACCUGCCCACCGCCGCCUUCAUCAUUCCAGCCAGCUCUGCCACCCUGGGCCUGCCCAGCGGUCCCCUGGAGGUGUCCUGCUCCCCGCGGGAGCCCAUCCACGUGGGCGCCCCGCAGCGAGUUCCCGUCACGGCCACCGUUCGGCCGCAGCGGAGCGCAGGGCCGGCGGCCCGCUCCGGCGCCCGCACCGCGCGGCUUCGGGGCCGGACCGAGGCCGAGGCGCCGGCCCCGCGUCCUGGGGGCCGCCUGCGGAGCCGGCGAAGGGAGCCCGCGCCGCGGACCAUGGUGGGAGCCGAGCAGCCCCCGAGCCCCGAGCUGCGCCGGGAAGCCGUGGCCGAGUACGGAGCCGGCCAGGCGCCCGCGGGAGGCGGCGAUGCGGGCGCCCAGCAGCGGGCGGACCUCCCCCAGGACCCUCCCGGAGAUGCCCCGCGAGACCGCCCGGAGAGCGGUGCCACCUGCCAGUGCCAGGCGUGCGAGCCCCCGCCGGGCUCCCGUCCGGAUGCCGGCGCCUCCAGGGAUGGCUGCCCCUGCCCGCCGCGGCUCCCGGAGCGGCCGGCCACGGUGGAGAGCCCAUCCGGCCAGAAGCCGCACAGCAGCACCUCGGAGCUGCUCAAGCCCGUGAAGAAGAGGAAGUACCGGGAGUACCACAGCCCCUCCGAGGAGUCCGAGCCAGAUGCCCUGGAGAAGCGAGAAGAAAGGAAGGACCCGGAGGGACAGCCCGCGGCCAGCAUUCCGGAAAGUGAGGAGUGGACCGGCGGCCAGCCUGCGUCCGGGGAGAAGGAGGAGGGCUGGUCCUGGGAGUCGUACCUCAAGGAGCAGAAGGCCAUCACCGCCCCGGUCAGCCUCUUCCAGGACUACCAGACGGUCCCUCAGAACAAGAACGGCUUCCGGUCGGGCAUGAAGCUGGAAGGCAUCGACCCUCAGCACCCGUCCCUGUACUUCAUCCUCACGGUGGCCGAGGUGUGUGGCUACCGUCUCCGACUGCACUUUGACGGGUAUUCCGAGUGCCAUGACUUCUGGGUCAAUGCCAACUCCCCCGACAUCCACCCGGCAGGCUGGUUUGAGAAGACGGGGCACACGCUGCAGCUCCCCACAGGUUACGAGGACGAGGACGAGUUCAGCUGGAGCGAGUACCUGCGCUGCACGAGGGCCCAGGCCGCCCCCAAGCACCUGUUCGUGAGCCAGAGACACAGUUCCCUACCCCUGGGCUUCCAGGUGGGCAGGAAGCUGGAGGCUGUGGACCGCAUGAACCCAUCCCUCGUCUGCGUGGCCAGCGUGAGCGACGUGGUGGGCAGCCGCUUCCUGGUGCACUUCGACAACUGGGACGACACUUAUGACUACUGGUGUGAUGCCAGCAGCCCCUACAUCCACCCGGUCGGCUGGUGCCAGAAGCACGGAAAGCCGCUCACGCCUCCACAAGACUACCCAGACCCUGAUAGCUUCUGUUGGGAGAAAUACCUGGAGGAAACGAGAACCACUGCUGUGCCCUCCUGGGCCUUCAAGGUGCGACCCCCGCACGGCUUCCUUGUUAACAUGAAGCUGGAGGCCGUGGACCGCAGGAACCCAUCCCUGAUCCGCGUGGCCAGCGUGGAGGACGUGGAGGACCAUCGGAUAAAGCUCCACUUUGACGGCUGGAGUCACGCCUUUGACUUCUGGAUUGAUGCCGACCACCCGGACAUCCAUCCUGCCGGCUGGUGCUCCAAGACAGGGCACCCCCUGCAGCCUCCUCUCCAUCCCAGAGAGCUCGGCUCUGCCUCCCCUGAGAGCUGUCUCCCUCUCAGCUACUGGGGCCUGCCGCACACGAGGACCUCCAAGUACAGCUUCCACCACCGGAAGUGCCCCACGCCUGGCUGUGACGGCUCCGGCCACAUCACAGGCAAGUUCACGGCUCACCACUGCCUCUCGGGGUGCUCCCUGGCUGAGAGAAACCAGACCCCGCUGAGAGCAGAGCUGUCCCACUCAGAGGCCUCGGCCCACGCCUCACCACCAUGGCCGGUGCGGAGGGCGAGGGUGCAGGGCCUCUGGCCUGGGCGCCCUCCCAAGUAUCAGAUCACACCGGGAGAUCUCGCGACACUAACGCCCGAUGUCAUCCACCAGUCCUUCUUCAUGUCGUCCCUGUCGGCCCACCCUGACCGGUACCUCUCGGUGUGCUGGGAGCAGCACUGCAAGCUCCUGCCGGGAGUGGCGGGCAUCUCGGCCUCCACAGUGGCCAAGUGGACCAUCGACGAGGUCUUCGGCUUCGUUCAGACCCUGACAGGCUGUGAGGACCAAGCACAAGUCUUCAAGGAUGAGAUGAUUGAUGGCGAGGCCUUCCUUCUCCUGACACAGGCGGACAUUGUGAAGAUCAUGAGCGUCAAGCUGGGUCCGGCCUUGAAGAUCUAUAACGCCAUUCUCAUGUUCAAAAACGCCGAUGACACCUUAAAGUGACUGGCCCGGGGCUGGGCCCUCCCCCAGCCCCGGCCGGGCCCCCCUCGGCACCGAUGCUUCCUUCCUAACCUGAGCUCCUUCUUCCCCACCUGGGCCCCCACCGCGCUCCGCGUCUGACCAGGGCUGGUUGCUCUUCUCUCCGGGGCUGCUUCCUCCACGGGGCCUGGGAGCAGAGGAGCCCGGGGCGGGAAGGAGUCCUGGAACUCAUCUGCCACCAGGCACAGCAGCGAGGGUGUGACGCUGCUGGGGGGGGGGCGUUACCGACGGAGCGGGUCGGGGGUGCCCUGCCUGUCGCAGCCACAUCUCCAGCCAACUUGUUUGAUCACCAAAGCUGCUUUUUGUUUGCAAGUAAGAACAGUCCGGGAGAGUCAGAGGCCCUUCUCAGCCUCUCUGUGCUUUUCUUUCCUGGUCUGCUUUCCUCAUACCAAGCGACCCUGCCACAAACAUAUUCACUCAGAAGGCACCUCCCCCUCUGUCUUUGCCGCCCCCACUGUGCUGCCCGGUUUUCUGGUCAGUGGCCCCACCCUGGCACAGCCAGACCCCAUUGGCUCCUCCCUUAGAGUGGGUGCGCCUCAGACACAUGUUUUCAUAGGACCCAAUGGGAGUCUGGGCUGCCUUUCUCCAUUUUACCCAGAAGCAAGGGGUUCUGAGCCCAGAUGCCUUCUCAAAUGUGUCCAGCUCUGGACCGCUUGGCAUUGUGAGUGUCCCACGUCCAGUCCUGUUUCCAGCAGAGCGGGUGGGCGGAGCAUCUGCCUCUGCAGCAGGGGUUAAGGUUCCAUGGGCGGGCGUUCCCCACGCCCUCUCAGUGUGUCAGGUGUGGGAGGAGGCAGCCUGAAUGUCUAGGUAGCCAUGGCCAGCCCAAGAGUGCGUCAGACAGUCUCAGUCAGUGGGGCAGCUCCACCAGGCAUAGUGGCUCCCAAAGCUGGCAGCAAUGGGUCUCAGCCAAGGUGUUGCCCAUGGAAGGAGUCAGGGGAGCAUGCGUGCCAGGCCUCCUGGCAUGGGCAUGUAGCACUCUGUCUAGUACACACACACACACACACACACGCUGUAACAUCACCUCAACCUGUCCCUCACAUGCCCUGCUCUUGAGUUUUACGAAGGACUUGAAGUUGGGAGUUGGAAAAGUGAAUUCUGUCUUGGAGCUCUCUGAGUCCGUGAAGCCUUUCUUCCCCUCUCCAUCCGUGUUGCGGUGGUGGUGGAGCGGAGGGGGGGUGGUGCCUGCUGGACUCUGGGACUUCGCUCUUUCUGUACAAGUGGGGGGCCUAGCCCCACUGAGCCACUGCCAAACCGGAAGCCUGGGAGCAGGCCCCACAUGGAGGCGGGGAGCGGGGGCUGAGCUGGGCCUUCCCCAGACUGCUCAGGCAGCCAUGGGAGGUGUGCGUGUGCGUGUGCGUGUGCAUGUGAGCGUGCGCAUGCCUGUGUGCGUGCGUGUGUGUGCGCGUGUGUGUGUGUGUGUGUGUGUGUGUAGUGCACUCAGAAGUGUUUGACGGGGAGAUGUGAGGCUCAGUGUUGGGGAAAUGUCAAGGGCUAUUCGUGUUAGAAUCUGAAGCUUAUGGCUCCCAUAAAAGAGAGAACCCCAAAGUUCAGUUGCUUUCCUGUCCCUGCCCAGCAGGGGACCCUCUCUCACAAGGGACCAGACGCUUUGCUUGGCAGCCAUUCAGCGUCCCAGCUGAGCUCCCUUGGGACUUACGUGCUCUGAGCAUGACCUCCCAGGGAGGAAAGCGGGCGGGCAGGCCUGAGGGUUGGGCAGGCCUGAGAGGUUGCAUUGGUGUCCCCAUUGGCCAAGAGUCUAUCUUGGUUGCUUAAGUGGUGGCAAAACUCCCCAGUUCUUUGGCAGAGAUGCUCGCUGGCUUUGUGGUGUGAGGAGAAGGCAGCCAGUCCGCACAGUUGAGUGGGGCUGGCAUGGCUUUGCCAUGUGGAUUUACUAACCACACUCUGAACACCUGCCCACCAGGAAGGCAGGAGGGACCAAGGGCCUCGAGGAAAAGGGCCCCAGGCCUCCGAACAUGGAGGCCCCAGCGCUUUGUGCACCAAUGUCAAACUCUUUGCAAAGAAACCAAAUCAUAAAAAAGGAGAGAGAAACCUGCCUCCUGUCCACCCUGCUACCUCCCUCUCACCCCCGUCCUGUCCCCAAAUGAGAUCAGCGCACCUUGACCUGGGAGGGCAGUGAGGGGAGGGCGUUGGCGCCGGUGCCCAGUGCCAUGUGCCCUCUGCCCGGCUCUCCAGCAGAGGUGCCGCUUACACUUUGGCCCAGCAGCCUCGCCCAGCUCUGGCCUAGGCCAGGGUGGACCUUUCUGUUUGGCUUCUGAAACAGAAAGAAUGCUCCCAGAGUUUGAAAAUGAAACUUGUUUGCACUUCAUUCACACGCACUUUGGUGGAGUUAGGUUUUUGUAUUUGCUGUGUGUGAGAGUGUGUGUGCGUGCAUGUGUGUGUGUGUGUGUGUGUGUGUGUGUGUACACGUGAGCGCGCCUGAGUAGGUGUGCAUGUGUGCACACACGUGUAUGUGUUCUUUAAGAGAAUCUUUUGUCUUAAGAUAAAGUGACUCUUGAGGGAGAAAAAGUUACAAAAUGUGGUGUGCUUCAUCCAUCUAUUGAAACAAAUAAACUUGAACCACUGAA